AUGGGGAUUCAGUCUCCUCCGUCGCAGACAUUGUCGUGUUUGCGCUGUAAGUUUGCUGCAUAUCUCCGAUCAUAUUUCGUAGGUUCUUUAGCUCAGCUCUCCAUGGCUCCCCACUCUCAGCAGUGGCCUCGACCGGAGCUCUACUGCGCCUUCUCCGAUCUAUCUCAUGACGUAGGUCAGAGGCAUGGGAUUAGGCUUCAAUCCCUAGACGGCUCCCGUAUCCCCACCGCCGAGACCGCGUCCCUCACCCUCCGCUGCGAUCGCAUUGACAAGGAGUCCUCGGAGGUCACCUACGUCAGCACCGACAACGUUCGUGUAACUGGGGCCGUCGAUUUCGAGGUAUUCGAGAAGGAGGAUCUGAUCCUCUGCGGGUCGCUCGAGAGGAUGGAGUCCUCGUCGAAGAACGGCGGUGUCGGGUUUAAUCAGCACCAUCAUCAGCCCCUGGACAAUGAUUCAAAGACCGGGUGGAGUAUGGAUUGCUACUCCGCAGCGUCGCUCACAACAGGAUCCUUCGCAUUCUGCCAGCCUAAGCUCGGGAUUUCCUCGCCCUCCAUUAAGGUGUAUGUCACUGGUUGCUGCUCUGGAUUCCCCCUGAUUUUGAUGAAGACGAUUCAUCUAAGUCCAAGGCGGAAGCCUCUGAGGCAAACGACUCUCGACUUUAUACCGGAGGAUGAAGAAACGGGAAGAGAGUAUAGGAGCAUCAACGGCUUUCUUCGCAAUCCGGAGAGAGAGAGAGAGACGAGAUGACAAAGCACUGUGCCGAAUCCAGCAGGAGAAAUCCAAUCCGGCUGCCGAAUCCAGCUGGAACGCUGGUGAAUCCCAACGGCCUUCAAUCCCUUGCCAGUCCAAACACCUCAGCGACCGUACUCAGCUUCGUUUUCUGUGCACUCCAACCCAAUGCAACGUACUCCACCCUAAUACUCCC